AGUACUCAUAGACGAUAAGAGGCUCAUUAUAGAUAAGACUAGGCUCAAUGUUGACCACAACAGGUGCAUAAUAGAUAACGAUAUGUUAGUCCAUUGCAGUCCACAACGGACUGGCGAAACUUUCGUUGACUCACGAAAGACAAGCAGAGGCCCGAUAUACAGUAUCAUGAACGUCGUCAGUGUAUCGUCGAUCCGACGAAGCGGAAAGCUAGCGACGACUAGCAAAGAUCUGUAUUUCAAU